AUGGAUCCACAAAAACACCCCGAAGAACCGCCUGAGAAGGCUAUUGCUUCUCCUGGUGCUAUCGAUGUUGCGCCGUUAGAAAAUACUAUACAAAAGGGCCGCUGGGAACGUAGUUGGCCUACCAUUGCUUGCGGUGCAGGUCUCUUCUCAGAUGGUUAUCUCAAUGGCGUGAUCGGAUCUGUCAAUACAAUCCUUGGUAAAAUCUACCCGGACUCAUACACCAACUCGCCCGCCAGUCAGAACGUUUCUUCCAUCACAUUUGCAGGCACCGUACUCGGUCAGCUUGUUUUUGGCUAUGUCAGCGAUCAUUGGUCGCGCAAAUGGUCCCUGAUGAUCUCAACGAUAAUUCUGAUUAUAUUCAGUGCCCUGUGUGCUGGAGCGUACGGAUUAAAUGGCAGUCAAUACGGCUUGUUCGCUGCCUUGACGGCUUAUCGUUUCUUCCUGGGAAUUGGAAUUGGUGGAGAAUAUCCAGCCGGAUCAGUUGCAGCUGCGGAAAAUACAGGCGAACUCAAGAAAGGACAUCGGAAUCGGUGGUUCAUCAUGUUCACCAACUUUCAAAUUGACUUUGCAUAUGUUGUGUCCGCCUUGGUUCCUAUGAUUUUGGUCUUGAUAUGUACCGAGAACCAUCUGCGCGCUGUCUGGCGCAUAGCCCUAGGAUUAGGCGUGAUCCCACCCCUUAGUUUGUUUUAUCUGCGAUUGAAACUGGAAGAGCCAGAGGAGUUCAACAGGGAACGUAUGCAUAAGUUCCCUGUCUGGCUGAUUAUCCGAUUUUACUGGAAGCGCCUGACGGUGGUGUCCCUGAUAUGGUUUAUCUACGAUUUCUCGGCGUACUCCUUCAACAUCUACUCCUCCAAGUGGGUGGGUAUCAUCCUGGGAGAUAGCGCCCCUCUCUGGAAGACCUUCGGCUGGACCACUGUAACCAAUGCUUUCUACAUUCCGGGCUCCUUCUUGGGUGCUCUUGUGAGUGACUGGAUUGGGCCUCGCAACACGUUAGCCAUCGGGGUUGGCCUUCAAGGAGUUAUCGGUUUCGUUAUGUCAGGUUGUUAUGAGUAUCUCAGUAUCCCAAAGAAUGUUGCGGGAUUUGUCGUAGUAUUUGGUAUUUUUUCGGCUCUCGGUGAGUUCGGACCAGGAGACAAUAUCGGGCUUUGUGCUGCAAAGUCCAGCGCGACUGCAAUCCGAGGUCAAUAUUACGCCAUAGCUGCGGCUGCUGGCAAGAUUGGAGCGUUUGUCGGCACUUAUGUCAUUCCUAUCAUCCAGAACAACGCGCCCAACGAGGUCCGUUCCGGUCAGGAUCCUUUCUUUGUCUCCAGCUCGUUGUGCCUUUUGAGUGCUGCAUUGGCCUACUUUCUGCUGCCACAUAUUGGACAGGACACUAUUACCGAAGAGGAUGAAAAGUUCCGUGCUUUUCUCGAGGCCAACGGAUAUGACACCUCGACGAUGGGCAACAGAGAAGCACAGUAG